CCUAAACACACUAUCUGACUAAACCUGGAAUUCUCAAUCUACAUGUCUUGGUAAACAAUAGUGCACGCUCGUUAUUCGUGGAAUGGCAACCAUGGCCAUAUGGGAAUGGCAGUAUUCAUAGAGCUGUUCCGCGUUCAUUUCCCGUCGCUGUUACUAUAAGAGCUGUUAUCGAUGUAGCCAAUAGUCACAUAUCUCUUCUCAUAACUCUCAUUUUCAACAUGAGGUUCCUCCAGAAUCUCGGAGCCUGUGUGCUCGCACUCUCUUCUCUCGUCAGCGCUGCUACAUUUACGAAUCCGCUGAGGACGACCGAUGGCUCUGACCCGCAGAUCGUGGUGUCGGGUGGUUACUACUAUUUGAUGACGACAACCUGGACAAACCUGAAGAUUACCAGGGCGACGACGAUAGAAGGCUUGAAGACGGGCGAGACGAAGACGGUUUGGACGGACACAAACUCGAACCGGUGCUGCAACAUGUGGGCCCCUGAACUACAUUACCUUGAUGGAGCUUGGUACAUCUAUUACACUGCUGGUAGCAGUGCCAACCUAGACUUGCAACGCGUCCAUGUCGUCAAGGGUGGUGCCACUCCCUUCGACUCCUACUCUUACCUCGCUCAAAUGACCUCUGCAUGGGGAAUCGACGGCUCCAUUGUACGCUUCAAUACCUGGGGCAACUUCCUCACUUGGUCGUGCAUGGCCGGCGACCUGCAGUCAAUCUGCAUCGCCUCGCUGUCAUCGCCCGGCAAAAUCGGUACCACGAAAGUCCUUUCCACGCCCGCUGCAGCCUGGGAGACGCAUGGCAGCCCCGUCAUGGAGGGCCCAGUUGCCUUGUACCAUGGUGGUAAGACAUUCAUCGCAUACUCCGCUAGCUACUGCUGGACGCCCGACUACAGCCUCGGUCUCCUGACAUGGAACGGAAGUGGCGAUCCCAGCUUGUCGGCGAGCUGGAAGAAGACAGGACCUUUCUUGACGAGCGCAAAUGGGAACUAUGGCGCAGGUCAUAAUGCGUUCUUCAACAGUCCAGAUGGUACUGAGAUCUGGAACGUGUACCAUGCGACAGCUAAUAGCGCUGGUGCAUGUGACGGAAGUAGGUACACGAUGGUGCAGAAGGUCAACUGGAACUCGGAUGGAAGCCCGAACUUUGGCUCGCCGGUGAAGGUGGGCACGAAGCUGACUGGUCCGUCUGGAGAGUAGUUGGUCUGAAGAAUGACCCGUGAUUGGGAUAUCAUGUUCAGUGGUUUGUAGAUGGGGUAUCAGCUAUAAGCAAGUUAGGUAGUGAGAACA